UUGAAGUGUUUUAUCAGUCAACUGAACACGAUAACGUUGACAUUUCAGCCUCAUUGGGGAUAUUUAAAUUGCUUGCUAGUUAUCAUGUUCUUUACUGUUUUAUUUUUGGCUUAUAUGUUUAAAUUUUCACAACCUCUCUCAUGCCUUGAUGAUGAUGGUCAUGCAGUCGACUGGUUUGUCGGUUACAAAUUACCAAAAGGUUACGACGUUGUGUUUAUGAACGCUGAUCGGAGGAACUGGCAGCUAUCCAAAUUCCCGAUAAAUGAAAAAGGAAUGAUGAAAAAUACGUUCGAAUCCAUGUUCGAUUUGAUUGAUAAGCCUGAUUCUGUGAUCGGGAUGUAUAACGAUGAGAUUCCUAAAUUGACCAAGCCAUUAGGUUAUGAUCGAGAGAACUUAUGGUGGGGUCAUAUGAAAGGUGCAUUUGCUUUCGAUUACACGGAUACGGGAUUUUGGGUUAUUCACAGUAUACCAAAGUUGUCAUAUACGAAUCUAUCAUAUGUUUACCCAAAGACCGGAUAUACAUAUGGUCAACAUUUCCUGUGCGUAACUUUGGAAAAGAAAUACCUCGAAUCUCUGAUCACACAGUUUGCUGUAGCUCGUCCAUUAUUUCAAGGUGCAUAUAUUUCAUCCAGUGUAAAGUCAGAGUUCCCAGAUUUGGCGAAAUUACUUCAGAAUCAAAAAGUGCUUACUGUAACACUAAGUAGAGUCAUUGAAAUGCAAACAGCUAAAAGUUCUUUUCAACUAAAUCAUUUCUCAAAAUCAUCGGAUUUCGGUAAAGAUCUUUAUGCUGAUUUCGUCGCGCCAAAAUUAAAAAAGUCUUUAGAUACUGAGACUUGGCAACAUGACGGAAGUAUACCAUCAGCAUGUCAUCGGCAAUAUUCUGUGAAAAAUAUUAAAUCUAUUUUCAUUGGGGCUACUGGAACCACAAUACAGAAUGCGCAAGAUCAUGCAAAAUGGGCUGUUACUGUGUCCUCAAAAAAGCCUACUGAAGAUAUUGGUAAUUGGAUUUGUCUUGGUGAUAUUAACCGUCAGCCUCAUCAAUUUGAACGUGGUGGUGGUACAAUGUGUAUAAAAGAUCAAAAACUAUGGCAAUCAUUUUAUGAUUUAGUUCAACGUGUAGAAGAAUGCUCAAAAACUGAUUACACUUUUGUUACUACCCAUUUAUUUAAGCGACUAUGGACUUUGAUUGAAAUUGUGCAGUUUUUUUAUGCAUAAACUAAUUCACUUAUGAUGCUUAACAUUGUUCAGUGUUUUUCUUUUUCUAACUUGUUUAUUUUAUUUGUCAUUUUCAUUCUUUCAAAAAAUUUAUUUUGUCCUAUUUUUUUUAUUGCGAAUACUUUUAUAUGAUUACUGAACAAAAUGUUAUCUCUAAAUGAUUAUUUAUUUAAAAUUGAUAUCAUGAAUGAAUGUUAGACAAUCAUUGAAAACCUGGAAGCAUUGGACGGCUGUUUCGUCCUAGCACGGAACUACUCGAUAGUACGAUCAUUUAUUUACUUAUUUCUUUGUUGACAAUUUAAAUGAAUCACAGAAACUUAUUUUACCAGUCUAGAAAAAAACGGCCAAGAGUUAUCGGUUGAUUGAA